AUGGGAUCCAAUUCUAGUUUACCUAAAUUAUCAUCUAAUAUUGAUUUAAUACAAAUAUGUUCCGAACAUUCAAUGUGUAUUAAUUGUUUAGCAUUUAAUGAAAAAUAUUUAAUUAUAGCAUCAGGAUCAGAUGAUGGUAUUAUAUGUAUAUGGCAAUUGAAUUCAUUAAAUCUAUCUAAUAUAAUAUGUACACAUAGAUUACAUAAUCAUCAAGGUUAUAUAACUGAAUUAAUAUUUCAUAAUGAUUAUUUAAUAUCUUCAUCAUCUGAUAAUACAAUAUGUAAAUGGAAUUUUAAUACAGGAAAAUGUGAAUACGUAUUUGUAGGCCAUAAGGACGUGGUAAGAAAAAUCAUAUGCGUCAACGACUAUAUUAUAAGUGGAUCACAGGAUAAAACAGCUAUUUGUUGGAAUUUCCAUACAGGUGCCAUUUUGAAUACUUUCAAGGGGCAUACACGUCUUGUCAAUGCAGUUACUUAUUUUGGUACUGUAGCAAAUAUAUUUCGAAAUGAUAAUAAUUUUGAAAUGUUUUCAACUGCUCGACAUUUUGAACGUGUUUAUACAGGAUCAGCUGAUCGAACGGCUAAAUCAUGGAGUCUUAGAACUUCAAAAUGUAUUGUCACUUUUGAAGGUCAUACACAACCAAUUACAGCAAUAGAAACAUUUAAAGAUGGUGAAAUUCUGCUAACCGCAUCUAUUGAUAAUACUAUACGCAGUUGGUUUACAGAAUCUGGAGUACAACAAUUUGUAUUUGUUGGACAUAAAGGAACAAUUGUCUCUAUGCAUAUUAAUAAUAAAAUGUUAUAUACAGGAAGUAUUGAUCAUACAGCAAGAUCAUGGUCUAUUGAAACUGGUAAACAAAUAAGAGUAUUCUCAAAACAUACUCGUUCAGUGAAUUAUGUUAGAAAUCAUGAAGGAAUGGUCAUUACUGCUUGUAGUGAUGGAUGUGUAAGAUUGUUUGAUGAAAAAACAGGUGAAUUAUUAAAGAAGUUAAUUCAUCCAAAUCAAGAAAGUUGUAUCGUGUUCAAGAUUUAUGGUGAUUAUUUAUUUUCUGCAUCAAAUGAUGGAAAAAUUUAUAUUUGGCGUUAUUUUAAUCCAGAAAUUAUGAAACGAAAUGAAAAUGAAUAA